AUGUUUCAGGACACGAGCGAGACCGACUCGACAGGCGGGGCUGUAGGAGGUAGCGAAGGCCCCCCGAACAACGGGCCUUCACUCCCCCCCGGGCUAAGUCCUGCUGUUGCUGCGGCCGCUGCAGCCGCAGGGGGCGUGGGUGCCCACUCCCUCCUUCAGCAGACCAUGUGCCAGUUGCUGCGGCCUUCGUCCCCUCGCGGAGAUGCGCCCUCCUCGCCGCCCCCGCUGGGACACCCGUCAGAGCCUCCUCGCUCCUUACACUGGGGCGCCCAGGACCUCCGACCUGACCUGGAUCGCCAAGAUGCCCACUCCCCGCCCUCGAUUGACCCCACAAAGACGAGCAGCGAUAAGGGCGAUAGUUUGUCUGGAACCUCAGGAUUUCCGCCCAAAUCGCCGCCAUCCAUGGGUCAGUUCAACAUGCCUGCAGAACUGUUCCAGGUAAGUCUCAGAAUUGGCUCUCCGACCUCGUAUUUCCACAUGCUCUAAGUCAGACUCUAACCCUCGUAGCUUCUGGAAUGUUCCUUUUAUAGUGGGGAAUCUCUUACGUAACCUUCGUCGGGUUUUCCUCCGGUUAAUUUCUCUCUUUUUAAAAGGACUAAAGCUGAAUCAAUGGCUUCUUUCAUCUCCUGGCCUUAGACUCCUACUUAGAGUAUGUAUGUAGAACUUUCUUUUUUAAGAUAUAUAUCUAUCAGAUUAAUGUAGGCUUCUAUCAAACAUUCAGCUUGUAUCAAUGUAAUAUUAACGCUUACCAUGUCGAACUUGUGAGACUCGAGAACUGCUUCUCAAUAAUUUUGUCACAUAUUUUAUAACACAAAUGAAGCUCAUAAUCCUUGCAUUUACUCUUGUUGAAUAUUCAGACUUGAGUCAUAAAUUGUGAACAUUGAACAUACAUUUUUAUGAUUGCCAACGACUGAUCUACGCAAC